AUGGCAGCGCAGCCAGCCGGUCCAUCCUUUGCCUGUUUGCGAUACCUACGAACCAAAGCAUUCGUUUCAAACCAUCCAAGAACGUCGCCUCUGAGACCGACCCGGAUACAAUGCCCUCUCCUUGCCAACCGCGUCUCCCAAGCUCCGUCAAUAUGCAACCGCUCGUUCUCCACCACGACAACACGUCAAGAUUGGUUGACGCCCAAAAGACCGGAAGUCAGAAAGUCUCACGUGGGACGUCCCCGAAUGCCUACGGGUGGCUCAAUGCGCGGCACGACCGUUGUUUGGGGCGACUACGGCCUACGGAUGAAAGAUCACGAUCGACGAGUUUCGGCGAAACAACUCAAGAACGCCGAAGAAACUAUCAACAGAAGACUGCGAGGGGAACGCUUCAGGUUGUACAAGAGAGUGAGCGCAAAUAUCGGUGUCUACACAAAAGGCAGCGACGUGCGGAUGGGAAAGGGAAAGGGUAAAUUCGACUACUGGGCCGCGCGUAUCCCAGUCAGCAGGGUUGUGUUCGAAAUCAAGGGCAAACUUCACGAGCAGGUGGUGCGGGACGCUUUCAGGUUGGCGGGAAACAAAUUGCCUGGACUAUGGGAGUUUGUCAAGAAGGGAGAUCCUCCGAUGGUUGGCAUCACAAAACUGGGCAAUGGAGUGACGCUGGAGAAGCUCAAGGAGGCCCGGAGAGAGGUGGAACCCAAGGACAAGCAGAGUGCACAACCCAUCAUAUCCUCCGCGAUGGAAGUGCCGCCUCAGACGAUCGCGACUGAAUUGGAUCAUCCGCCGCCGACCGUUCACGUUUCGCCCUGA